UGAGAUUGGAGGUCGAAAUGAGAACAAGCAGCAUUGUUUGAGGAAUUAGCCCUGCUAAAGGAAAAUACAACAUGGCUACUAGCUGGACAGCAGAACUUGAUAAAAAAGAGCACAAAAACUGGGUAAUGGUCGGAUGUGCCUUAAACAUAACAAAAAAUGGAAUUACACCACUAAUCCAAAGGAAAAUGGAAGCUUGGUACCAGUCACUUAUUUCUAGCCCCCCUCUGCAUUCACUUCCCCUAUGUACCUGUGCACGUCCCUCGGCCAGGUGUGCCAGUUGUACCACAUGGAAGAAGGAGCUAGAGCGCCUCCACAACUCUUUACGACCAAAGAUUUGCUGGAACAACAGUGACAGACAACAAUGGGGAUCUCGAGCUGGGGCAUGGGAAAUAGCAAAAGUCUUCAUGCCAACAUUAGGAACACGGAAAGGAGAUGUCACUGAUGCCAAUACUACAGACAUUGGCGGGCUUCUUAAUAUGUUAGAAUGGUGUCCUUUCAUCCAUCCUCCUGUCAAUCGAGCAGUUCUGAGUGCAGUCCGAGACGAGGGAAGAAAUCACUGGGCUCAUUCUCCAAAACAAGAACUUCAAGAAGCAGAUGUCAACACCAUAUUCGGGCACCUUACCAGUCUGCUAAAUGACCCUGUCUUCAACGCAGACAGAGCCGUGCAGGAAUCUUCUAAAGAUUUGCAAGACCUGUUUCAUCAUGGACUCGUAAGUGUAAGGAAAUCCGAAGUUGAGGCUCUUCGUUUACUGCGUCAAUCGCUGGUUACAGACCUGACAAGGUGCAAGGAUGAUUUAUCUGAAGUAAAAACACAAAGCAGGGUACAUAAAGACGAGAUUGUUGAGCUAAGGGAGCAACUAGGGGAAAUGGAUUCUGUAAGAAGCGACCUGAGGAAAGGCCAGAAUGACUUACUAGAAACUCAAGAAAAUAUCAGGCAGCUCACUUUAGAGAUAAAAAGAUGCGAGGAGUGUGCUACGAGAGACAUAUCUGAACUGAAAAAGCAAGGAGAAUUCCAUCUCAAGGAGAUUGCUAAACGUGGAAAACAACUUAAUGACGCACUGACAGAUGUUGAAGGCCUUAAAGAGGAAAUUUCAAUGCUAUCAAAAAGUGUGGAAAACUUCAAUAGGUUGCUUAAUGAGCGAGAUGAUUUGCAGGGUGCCUUACAUGUUAUCAGCGAGGAUCUGGGCAAUAUGGCAGGCUGUCUGGAUGUUGUUGUGCUGGACCUUAGCACAUCAAAAGAUAGAAUCGCCGACUUAGAGGCCACCAUCGAAACCAUGAAGUCUGAAGUGAAAGAAGUGACAAAUGAAGUGGAAGCUCUGAAAGCGAAAUCUUCGUCUGGGAAGGAAAAAGAGGAUAUUGCCGCACUUUGUACCGCACCCCGUAGAUUGCAAGAAUUCACUGGACGAGAUUCAGCUCUGAUUUGGUUAGAACAGAAUUUAGUGCAGGAUACGGAUUCGGCAAAUCUUUCAUGCACAUCUUGCUGCACAAAAACCAUUUGUGGCCUUGGAGGCUGCGGAAAGACUUCUCUGGCUGUAGAAUUUGCCUGGAGAAGGAGGAACCACUUCGCAGGUGGAGUGUUUUGGAUUAAUGGGGAAAGUGAUGAAAAUGUAGAUAAAUCAGUUUCCGAGAACCUUGCUCUACUCAAUAGACCUGCGUCGACAAGUGAGAAAGUCGAUGAUUCCCUGAACAGCUUUCUGGCUUUGUUAUCAAACAAGGAUUGUCAAUGGCUACUGGUAGUAGACAAUGCAGAUGAGUUGACGAGCACAAAGUGUCCCAGUGGUGUGAAGAAAAUAUGCAAAGGGCCCUGGCAAAGGAAUGCAAAAGCACCAAAUAAUGGACACAUACUGUUCACCACCAGGAAAAACGCUAAGGAUAUCAAAAUAUCAUUGAACUUGUCACCCAAAGACUGUUGGGAGCUGCAGUGUUUCAGUGAAGAGGAAGGCGCCCUAUUUCUAAUGCAAAGAACGGGCCUUGAUGGGGAAUCCUCUUACAAAGAAGCAAUCGAUCUGGCAAAGGAGCUGGGAGGUCUCCCUUUAGCCCUCGCGCAAGCAGCAGCCUACAUAUCUGCGCUUCCCAUUCCUUGCACCUUUAAAACUUAUCUCGACAAGUACCGAGAUGUAAAGCUUCGUCUAUUAGAGCAGCAGCUGGUCACCGCUCUCAGUGGUAUAGAGGCUCAGCAUCGUUUAUCUGUACACACCACCUGGUAAAUGAAUUUUGAAUUUGUGGCUGAAA